UGUCAAACUUUGACGCAUGUUACUCGCUAGAAAUAAACUUUGAAUUCUGGUCAUGACUGAGCGCUGAUCUGGCAGAACGGCGGGAGCGCCCUCAUUGGCUGAGAGCAUGUGACGUCAUCAGACACAGGCGGGGCUCCGGCGGACAAACAAGUGGAGGAUCAAAACAAUCUGUACGGAGGAACAUCACCGACACUUUCCACAGACGACGACGCCUUUCGACGACGGAUCCUCGUCUCACCAGACUAGAAGAGUCAAACAUGUUUGGAAAGAUUCUCUUCCACCUCCUUGGAAGCAACAACGAUGACGUCUGCAAGUCAACACAUGAUGACUUUGAGGAGCUGAUGGAGCUUGAAGAGGGAGGCUGGGUGAUUGUCAACCUCCCAGAGACUGAGGUGGACCACUCAGAGGCGGUGGACCCCCUGGAGAACCUGCUGAUCGAACACCCCAGCAUGUCGGUCUAUCAGAUGAGGCGCCGGCUCAGCGGAGCCGAGGAGGAGCUGGAGGAGGAAGGCUUCGAGGAGGAGGAGGAGCCACACUGCAGGCCAGUGGCGGUGAGGCGUCAUAUAUCCUGGCGCAUGGCGGCCUGGGGCCUCCCCGUGCCCUGCAACGUCCAGCUGCUGUCCGCACGCCGAGCCAGCGCCGAGAUGGAGCGCAAGAAACUGAGCCACGGCGCUCUCAAAAGGCAGAACCUGACCAAGGUGCGCUACUACCGGCGCUACGGUCACUUCAAGCAGCCGUGCCAGCGCCUGUGCAACUAUUGAGUGGCGGCUGUGGUCCCUCACUGCCGCCGUGCCUUCACCUGGUCAGGAUGUCGGUGGUCACCUCACCUCACCUCACCUGCAAAACAGACGACUUCUGCUGCAGCCCUGACACAAUGUGACAUCAUCACACUGUCGGACCCUCGGGGAGGAAGUACCGUAACUGUAAACCAUUGUUCAUAAAGACGUAGGCUAGUGGGUGGAAUGCUGUGACUUUAAACACGUCUUUUUAUUUUUUUUAUUAUCCAUAAACUCUGUCGUGUCGUAGCUUUAGCUUUCUUUCCUCGGACUUGUUGUACAGUUCUUCAGUGUGUUCCCACUUUUUAAAAUGUUGAGACAUGUAAAUAAUGUUUUUAUAUUUAUAAAAAUGUACAAAAAAAGUCCAAAUAAAUCUUGUUUUCAUAUUUGAGGGUUUAU